AUGCGCAACGACAUCAUCGACCUCCUCUCCAUCUCCAAAGUGAACUGGUCUCUUCUCGCCGUUCUACGCCUGGGCUUCGCAGGUGACGGCCUCUGCAACUUUCCCCCGACCCUUGUGGUUGCCGUGCCGCCCGCUACUAUGUCUAUCGAUCGCGCUGUUGAGGUUGCCGUUGAGGUUGCCAACUGUGUGUACCGUUUCGAACAGCUUCGCGAUAUUGCGAUCGAGAUCCUUAAUCUUGAUAUCUCCCCUGCCUAUGCUACGAACAAGCGGACUCUUGCCAGAUACGGCUACUCCUUCGAGGACGCUUUCUGCGACAGCCCCCCAAUCGGUGUCAGCCUUGGCACUGUAGGCUCCGGAGACUCAGGCACUCUCGGCGGUUACCUGAGAGUGCGUGCCAAAUCAGCUGCCGGCGCGGAGAAGACCAAGUACCUGGCUCUGACCUGCCAUCAUGUCCUCAGCAGCGUCCAGCCGUUACAUGAGCUAGAGGAGAUCCUAGCGGCCAACACUAGUCUGGUCAACAGAAAAGCUGUUUUCAAGGUCGGGAGGACUACAGGCAGGACCUUCGGGGAGGUGAACCAGAUCCAUCCCAGCAUGGCUGUCAGUUCUAAGGCAGACAACAAUAAGACCAUCACCUGCGUAGGCAAGGUCGUUCUCAUUGUUCGUCCCAGAGAGGAGUCACAAGAAAACUCUGGUCGCCAUGCAGGCUUUGGCGACAGAGGUGACUCGGGCAGCCUCGUCUUCGACUACCAGGGUCAGGUCAUGGGUGUCUACUUCGCUGGAAAGGACAACCACGAUGGUCACAAUCUAGGGGUGUCUCUUGUGGACGGGAUACAUCUUGUGGCGCCGAUCGAACCAACUCUCGAGAGCAUCCGCGCGACAGUUCAAGAGGACCCCGAGCUCUUUGGUCCCGACUUUGCCGAGGUCGAGUUUCUGUGGGGAGAUGUGAACGGGGAUGCGGUAGCAGCUGCGUCUGCCGAGCUUGACAAGAUCAGGCCGCCCCAGGGCAUGGUCAUCCCGCCGCCCGGGGAGAUUCGAGAGGCGAUUGAGAAGACGGCUGGGUUUGUCGCAAGGCGUGGCGUAAGUUUCGAGGAACGCAUCCGCGAGAGCCAUGGAGCCAACCCCAAGUUUAGCUUCUUGAUGAGCCAAGGCGACCCCUACAAUGCGUACUACGAGUGGAGAAAACAGGAGUAUGAGGCUGGUCGCGUGACGGCCAUCGCUGCCGGCCGCGUUGGCGACAUAGUUGUGCCGGAGAAGGAGGUGCCCAAGGGCCCGCCGAAGCCCCCAGAUUUCCGAUUCUCUGCGCGAAUGCCGCGUAUCAAUCAGAAGGAUCUCGAGAUCCUACGGCUCACAGCGUUGUUCGUCGCGAGAAAUGGCAGACAGUUCAUGACUUCGCUCUCCCAACGAGAAGCCGGCAGCCCGCAGUUCCAAUUCCUCAUCCCGAAUCACACCUUCCACAACUACUUCCAGCACAUGAUAGAUCAGUAUUCGAUACUACUUCGAGAGAGUGGUCUUGGCGGAGAAGGGUCAAAGGCACAGCAGGAGCGUGUGGAAGAGCUACAGCGAAAUGUCGAUGACAAGUAUAACGUUCUGUUGCGCGCGAGACAACGAGCAGAAUGGGCGAAGCACCAGGAGGCAGAGAGGAGGAAGAAAGAAGAGGAGGAAGAGCAGAAGAAGAUCGAGUUUGCAAGCAUUGACUGGAACGACUUCGUUGUCGUCGAGACCAUCGUCUUUUCCGAAUCCGACGACCAGGCAAAUCUCCCUCCGCCGACCAGCCUUAACGAUCUUCAGUAUGCCUCACUGGAAGAAAAGAAGCAGGUCUCGAUCAGCUCAAAUCUCCGUCUCGAGGAAGCCUUCCCCUUCGAUGACAAUAGCUUCAAUGCCUACCCGCCACAGCCCGCCCACACGCUACCUGUACAUCCAUCUCCAACACAGCAAUCUGCGCCAGCAGUACAACCCUACCAGCCUGUUAUGCCUCCUCAGUAUAAUGGAGCUGCGCCGCCACCUGUCCGAGCAAGAUCGACACAAGAAGAGGAAGAGAAUGCAAGGAUCCAGGAGCGAGAGCAGGCACGUGCGCAGAUACAACAAGCCCGAGCAGAGGCAAAGGGAGGCGUUGCUCCAAUGAAGAUUAGAGAGAACUACGUCCCGCGGGCUGCAGCACGGGUUGCUAGUACUCGUGGGGUGCAGAUGGCACUCUGCCCUAACUGUAAACAGCAGAUUCCUCUUAACGAGCUAGAGGAGCACAUGAGAAUUGAACUUCUUGAUCCGCGCUGGAAGGAGCAAAAAGCUAAGGCAGAGUCGCGCUAUGCUACAACAAACCUGUCUACAGCAGAUGUUGCCAACAACCUCAAAAGGUUGGCAAGCCAGCGUAGUGAUGUCUUCGACGGAGUGACAGGCUUGCCCCUCUCCGACGAGGAGGCUGCUCGAAGAAAGAAGGUGGCCCUGAACAGCUUCGAUGGCAACCCAGAGGGAAACAGUCAAGCACACAUUAAGCAUCUGCAAACCGUCAACGUUGAUGAACAAAUCAGGGCUAUUCACCAAAAGUUUGCGGCAGAGAAGAAAUGA